UCGAAGCUGCCACUUGUCGCUGUAGCUAGAGAUAAAGAAAGCAAAAGGGGGAGAGGAAGAGAGAGAGAGAGAGAGAGAGAAGGAAGGCGAGAGAAAGGGAGAGUGAGUCGCGAAAAGUGCCAGAGCGUGGACACGAGAUCGAAAGAGGAAAUCGAGGACCUCAACGGGUCCUUAACGUUCACGACGGUGUAUGUCUCGGACCCUGUUUCUCAGCUUUUCCUCCGGCAACGCUUUGUCUACGUUCCUGAGCUGGAGGCGUGCGGCCGACUUCUGUGCUGCGUGCAGAGGCUCUGCAGAAGCGGAAGUGCAACCGACGAGCCUGCCGAGCAUCGAAUCAACGCUCGCGGUCGGCGAGGAGCGCAAGCGGAGCCUGAGCUGGUGGAGGGUCAGGGUCCCUCGGGCCCGGAGGAUGGAAUGCUCGCUAUGCCCGUCAGCCCGAGUCCCGCGUCCACCUCGUCACAGGAGGACGCCUGCAAACCGCCGCCGCGCAACUGCUAUCGUCUCGUUAUGCUCGGCAGUGCCCGGGUUGGAAAGACCGCCAUUGUAGCACGAUUUCUGUUCAACAAAUUCGAGGAGAGCUACACGCCGACGAUAGAAGAUUUUCACAGGAAACUUUAUAGGAUCAGAGGCGAGAUUCAUCAGCUUGAUCUUCUAGAUACAAGCGGAAACCAUCCGUUUCCGGCGAUGCGACGAUUGUCUUUCCUGACGGGGGACCUCUUCGUCGUGGUGUUCAGCAUGGACUGUCGGGAGUCCUUCGAGGAAGCCAUCAGACUGAGAGAGGCGAUUCUCGAGACUAAAGUGAGCGCGACCCAAAGUGCCACGAAGAGCAGAAGGGCUCACUACAGUCUGAAGGUCCCUAUGGUCAUCGUGGGGAACAAAUGUGAUAAAGAUGUAAAAACCGUCACGGUGGAGGAAGCCGAGCAAUAUUGCGUGAGUCAGGACGAGUGCUGUAUCUUCGUGGAAGCUUCCGCGAAACGGAACUAUCAUGUGGACGAACUUUUUUAUCAGUUAUUCGUAGUGGCCGGUCUACCUCUGGAGAUGGCUCCGAAUCAUCAUAGAAAAGUACCGCUCACUUUUGGCUCGCCAACCAUGUUGCCGCCGUCGCAGCCGCGACACAAAGCCACCCUCAGUAUAAAACGUCGACUGAGCGACGCUUGCGGCGUCGUGGCGCCAAACGUGCGCCGUCCCAGCAUAAGGACGGACUUAAUGAUCAUGCGGACGAAGACGUGUUCGCUCGCGGCCGGGAACGAGAACAAUACGCCAGGAUCCAGGAUCACGCUUAGAACGGGAAGAACGGAGUCCAGGAAGGCCUGCUCGAUACAGUGAUAUUGCAAACGACUCUCAUGCACACGGACAAAUCUCUAGAAAUAUGAUAACGCGUUUGAGAGCGAUCUUCGGAAACGAGUAUUAUUAUUUUAUAUCGUAACAUUUGCAUCUUUGCCUUUUAUAACUUUACUACGAUCGUUGUACGAGGUUUACAAUUGUCAGACUUCACUGCAAAUACGAAGAUAAAGCGAAGCGAGUACUCGCGAACGAAGAUCGCCAAGGGGAAAUCAUAUUUAAACCGACCACGCUACUCGCCUUAAUUAAUUAAUGGAAUAUAGCUUUAGCGUAAUGUCCCGAAGGUAACACGUAUAAUUAACUUAAGAUGUGACCGAACAAGAGAAAAAGACAGAGAGAAAGUGGGAGAGAGUGAGAGUGAGAGGUAAGCCGACCGUUACGUUAAUUAAUCGUUGUCGAUCAAACGUUAAACGGGGAAUCGAUAACUCGACUAACAUGGACGAGAUCGUUUGACAUUCGAUCAGAGGGUUCUCCGAUAACAGCGAGAUGAUCGAAUCGCACGAAAGAGAGCGUGUAUACCUCUUAUUGGAUACAAAUUUUUAUCGAAAUUAUCUUUCAACAAAGAAUCUUGACGAAGAAUAGAUCAAUUUGCGCGAUCGGUGAGUGAGAGGUCGAGAAGUGUCAGCGUUGUAUCAGUAAUGAGAGAGAUUGCGAAACGCGGUGAGAAAGCUUUUUACCGGAUUAGUUAACUGCGCCCAUCGUAGCCUUACUCGAGCUCCGACACGCGAAGGAGCGACGUUUAUACUUCCGCAUGAGAUCUAGAGCGUUGUAAUUUCAUUAAUAGCACUUGAUUCAAGGAACGAAUAUUUGACCGUGGCGUCGUUCCUUCCGCUGAAUCUCUUCGCGCAUGCAUAAACGUAUUAUAUCGACUUUCGUUAAGAGAGGAUAAAUAGUUCUCCAAAUUAAUCUCGUUACUUUCAUGACGUAUCUCGCGCGUCCACAGUUCGCCGCUCGGUUUGCCGCUUUCGACGCGCCGCCGCGACCAACGAGACCGCAUUGUUAACGAUGAGACUCGUGUUACAUGUACCAACAUGCGUAUAAAAUCAAUCGAUAUUUCCGUAUCUCGACCUCCUUUUCUACGCAUCUCGAACUUGUUGAAAUGCAUCGGGCGAGCGCGUGCAAAAUUAUCGCAUCAUCAAGUUACAUAUGCAUAUUAUUUAAAUGCAAUCAGGUUAAAAAAUAUGUAUGUAGAUUUACAAAUCCGAAAGCUCCGUGCCCGAUGUUAACAACAGAGGAUUUAUUGUGAAUAUUCUGCGCAAUUUUAGCUUUUCUUCUAUGAAUUUAUGUGACGAAAAAGGGGUAAGUAUAUUCAUCUGAUAAGUGGAAGUUACUCAACGAAUAAGAUCUUGUUGGAAAUUUUGUGAAAUUUAUCCGUCUUAGUUUACAGAGAUAUACUUUUCCUGCCUGCGGCUCAUCUCGAACGAUGAAAUAUUAUAGGCACGUAGAUCUCUCUGUGUGUGUGUGAGUAUUCGAGAUGUGGAUACGCGUAUUCUUUCUCUUCCCAUAGACUCGGCUAUAGUUACUCUCUAAGGUACAAUCAACUUGACCAAUUAGGCAGCUCGUAAGUCGACUCUGACCGAAAACAAGCGCAAAGCUUCAUUCGGCGGAGUUACGUGACACGUGUGCUGCGAGUGGUAAAGAUAAGCAAGAAAAAAAAGGUUAGUCGCGGCAUGCACAAUCAUGUUCGCAUUUUGUAUCGAAUAAAAUAACAUUUUCUCCACGUC